AUGUCUGACAACUUCGCCACAAAGGAAGAGGUCGCCAAGAUCUUCGAAAGAUUGAAGAAAGAUCCUGCCAACCAGGUCUGUUUCGACUGUCCAAACAAGAACCCCACUUGGACUUCUAUACCUUUUGGUAUCUUCUUGUGUUUGGAGUGCUCCGCAGUACACAGAAAUUUGGGGGUCCACAUAUCGUUUGUCAAGUCAUCCAAUCUUGAUCUGUGGCAAAGAAUUCAGUUGCGUAACUUCAAGUUUGGCGGCAACCAAAGGGCUAAAGACUUCUACACAAAAAAUGGAGGAUCUCAAUACAUCAAUAAGAACGGAGUUGAUGCUACUUCCAAAUACACUGCUCCAGUCGCCAAGAAGUACAAGGACAAGUUGAAAGAAAAAGCAUUGAAGGAUGCCGAAAAGCAUCCAGAUACCGUCACUCUUGAGGACGCUGACGACAGCAAUCCAUCAGACGGUAGUGCCAGUGUUGGGGAAGAUGACUUCUUCUCUAACUGGACCAAGCCUAUCAACUCCACCCCUUCGCCAUUGCUGUCCAAGAACAUCACACCCAACGGUUCCACUGACGAUUUGAGUCUCAAGAAGAAGCCUGCAGUUGUCAGAACUACUUCCAGAUUAAAGAGUAGUACCACCGCAACCAACGGCGCCAGUGCUGCCAAGAAAUCCAUCUUGUCCGGUAAGGGCAACGGUCCAAGAACUUCGAGAUUGGCUGCUAAAAGAAUUAACAAAACUGAAGAGCCAAUCGAUUUUGAUGAAAUUGAGAAGAAAGCUAAGCAAGAGGCUGAGGAAGCUAAGAAAUUGGGCUACACUCCAACUGCCGAAACCCCUGCUUCUACUCCUGCCUCUAUUUCUACUACUUCAAGCUUGCCUAAGAAGCUGGCAAAGAAGGAAGAGCCAACCGAAGAAUACAAGCCUGUUCAUGAAACUACCGUUCAAUUCCAAAAGUUGGGUUUCGGUAUGACUGAUGGGGCAAACGUCAUUGCCAACCCUAACGCAAAGAAGUACAAGGAUAUCAAAUACACUGGUGAGGUCAAUAACAAAUUCGGUACUCAAAAGGGUAUUUCUUCUGACGAAUUCUUUGGAAGAGGUCCAAGAUUCGACGAGCUGGCCAAAGCUGAAGCCCAGCAAAAAUUGCAAGCAUUCAGCGGAGCUCAAUCUAUCUCAUCUUCGUCUUACUUUGGCGAAGAAGAGGAAGGUCCAAACGGUCCACGUCGUGCCGGAUCAUCUUCCGAUGCUGGGUUUGGUGAUUUGGAAGCCACUGCAAGAGAAUUUGCCUCAAGAUUUUCCGGCAACGCCAAUCAAGAUUUGGAUGUUUUGAAGGAUGCAUUGGAAGACGGAGCUAAUAAGUUGGGGUCAUACUUGAGAGAGUUUUUGAGAUAA